ACCAAAGAAGACCCAUGACCCUAAAUGACAAAACAAAGCAGAACAAAGGAAUAUGAAAAAAACAGAGUAAAUAUCUAUCUGAUCCCCAAACCAAACAAGAGCCCACCUCUUAUCAGUAUUUCCCCAAAACCCUAAAAUCUGUGGCUCUCUCUCUCUGUAAUGGAGAUGAUUUUCAUAUCUGACAAAAACCCAUCUCCGCAACCAAGAAGCAAUCACAGAAACCAUCAUUGACAUGUCACCACCGCCACCACCUCAGCCACCAAUCACAAACGCCCACACCACCACCACCCUCCCUGACCUCUUCCUCAAAGCUCUCUCCAUUUGCUUCCUCUUCUCCUCCUCUCCUUCUUGUUCAUCAAAACCCCAUAUUUUGAAACUCCCAUUUCUCACUUUCCCAUCAAACCCACGUCGCUUUCUUCAAAUCUCAACCAUGUCUCUCCCAUCCCAAACCCCAAAAACCAACCUCCACGCCUUCACAAACCCACAGUCUCUCUCCGAGUGGCUCAAACCCAGAUUGCCCUCCGACUCUUUCGCCUCCUGGGGCGUCAAACCAGGCACCAAGAACGUCCACAACCUCUGGCUCGAGCUCGCCGAAGGCGAAACCUCUCUCGCCGAUUCCACCCCACCAAUUCGCACAGUUCAAGUCCUCACGGUCCGAAUUAUCGACGAAAACAACCGGGUCCUCAUAGAAACCCACCAGGAACUAUCCGACGGCAGUUUGAGAAACCGGCAUCGACCCUUAUCGGAGAAGAUGAAGCCGAACGAGGAACCCGAAUCGGCAGUUCAUCGGGCGGUGAGAGAAGAGCUCGGUUCGAUACUAAAUGGGUCAGUCAACGAAAGCAUUGUGAGGAUUGUACCUGGGUCGUAUCGGAACAGAGUGGAGGAGAGGAAUUCGGCAUCGUAUCCGGGUCUGCCGGCGUGUUACGUGCUGCAUUCGAUGGACGCUGUGGUGGAGGGCUUGCCGGACGGGGAGUUUUGCACGGAGGAGCUCGGGGAGGAGUAUGGUGAUCUCGACGAGACAAAGGCGGUGGCAGACGAGGCUGUCUCGGUCAAGAAGCAUUUUUGGAAAUGGGUUUCUGCUGAUUCGAUCGAAUCUUAAUAUGCGGUUGGUUUUCUUGAAUUGAAUUUGGCCGAGGUUUUAUAGCAUAACAAAAUUUUUUUCAUAAGUUUGGUUUGGUAUAUGAUAUGAUGCGAUAAUGUUUCUUGUUGUCGAUCAUGAUACAUGAAUUCGUGUUAAUAAAAGUAAUAAUGUUGCUGUAUAUGAAGGAUUGGUAAUACAUUUUGUAGCAUUGGAAAGUGCAAGAUUCAAUUUUGAGGUUAAUGUAAAUAUAUAGCAUUUGCACAAAAA